GAUUCCUCCCCCACCGUUUCUCUUCGUAUUAUUAUUUAUUUAUUUGUAAUUUUAUAAUAAUAACUCCCCCCUCAAACCCUAGUCGCAUCCUCGUCGUCGUCUUCGCCAGGUCUCCUCCUCUCCCUCUCUCUCUCUCUCUCUCUCUCUCUCUCUCUAAAGGGAGAGCAUAGAAGAAGCGGAGAGGGGGGAAGGGUGCGUCUAGGGCUCGGCGGAGAUGGAUCUGGAGAAGAAGCCCGUGGUGUCGGACGUCGGGGCGUGGGCGAUGAACGUGGUGAGCUCCGUGGGGAUCAUCAUGGCCAACAAGCAGCUCAUGUCCCCCAAUGGCUACGGAUUCUCCUUCGCGACGACGCUAACGGGGUUCCAUUUCACUGUAACCGCCCUUGUUGGUUGGAUUUCGAAUGCGACCGGAUACUCGGCGUCCAAGUAUGUUCCUCUCUGGGAGCUCUUCUGGUUCUCCAUUGUUGCUAAUAUGUCGAUCACGGGGAUGAACCUUAGUCUCAUGCUGAACUCGGUCGGAUUUUAUCAGAUCUCCAAAUUGAGCAUGAUACCGGUGGUUUGCUUGAUGGAAUGGAUUCUCCACAGCAAGCACUACACUACGAAGGUGAUAACGGCCGUGAUUGUUGUAGCCUUUGGCGUUGGGAUAUGCACGGUUACUGAUGUCGAGAUCAACGCGAAGGGAUUCCUUUGUGCGUGCGUAGCUGUGUUCUGCACAUCGCUGCAACAAAUUACAAUUGGCUCUUUCCAAAAGAAGUAUAACAUUGGUUCCUUCGAACUCCUCAGCAAAACUGCUCCUAUUCAAGCUGCCUCGCUGCUUCUUUUUGGCCCUUUUGCAGACUACUACCUCAAUGGGGGCUCUUUAUUAGAGUACCACUUUUCCACAGGAGCAACCAUCUUCAUACUUCUUUCCUGCUCCCUCGCGGUCUUUUGCAACAUGAGCCAAUACUUGUGCAUCGGCCGAUUCUCCGCAACAUCCUUCCAAGUUCUCGGCCACAUGAAAACAGUCUGUGUGUUAAUUCUUGGCUGGAUACUCUUUGAUUCGGCCCUAACCGUGAAGAACAUCCUCGGGAUGCUCCUCGCCAUUCUGGGCAUGAUAGUUUACAGUUGGGCAGUCGAGUCGGAGAAGCAGUCGAAGGUCGCACCUUCACUUAUCAGAAGCGAUAGCCGAUUUGACAGCGAGGAUGUGAAGCUUCUCAAGGAGAAGAUGAAUGGCCUUACUCAGUCCGACCUCGAGAUUGGGCAAUUGAAAAGCUGAUUUUUCUCCCUUUUUUUCCCCUUAUUUUUUUAAUAUUUUUUUGCCCACCUCAUCUGUUACUAAUUGUUCCUCUUUCAGGUCAUUGUAUUGAUCUUUUAUUAUCUUUUUUAUUUUUCCUUCUCUUGGUCUUAUAUGGAGGAGAGCUCCAUUAUCAGAGUAUAGUAGCGAUUUUUGUUUGUAUAGACCACGAGGGUCGAUCCAUUUCUGAUGGUAAAUGUGUUACAAGUAUGAGAAACCCUUUUAUCAUAGAAACAAGCCUUGGUUUCGUUUCCUGCAA